AUGCCACGCAUUGUCCACCCCCCGUUACACUUACCAGGCAGCGCCUUUGUGUCGGCUUCCAAGGACCGCACGCUACGCCUCUGGCAGGUGGGUGCCUCCCCUCCCCCUCUUCUCCUCUCCCCAACUCCCCUCCCCCUCUUCUCCUCUCCCCCACUCCUCUCCUCCUCUUCUCCUCUCCCCCACUCCCCUCCCGCGCUACUCCCUUCCUCUUAUCCUUCUCAACCGAUGACAGCAGCCAGCGUUUUUGUGUCGUCUUUGAAGGAAAGGACUGCACGCUGUGCCUCUGGCAGGUGGGUGCAUGAGUGCCUUGCUGUGCUCGCAGGAGGCUACCACCGCCCCUCCCUCGCUGCGGUGACUUUUGAGUCGACUACAAAAUCUUACCUCUGCCCCUUCCCCUCCCUCUCCGCUCUCCCUCCCUCCCCCGCUCUCUCUCCCUCCCUUCCUCGCUGCCAGCUGGCAGCAGACAGCACCGAGGCGCCCACCGCCCCUCCCUCGCUGCGCGCAUCGGUGGUGACAGUGAUGUGA